CAAACAGCCAGCAACAGGGCUAUUUGUGAUUAGAGCGACGGCAGAGCAGUGAGCAGAAUGCAGCCUUUAACACUGUGGACAGCGCUCAGCGUAUGCAUGCACGGCGCAGUGAGAGCUUGCUCAGUGAAAAAGCUUGGCAGCAACACAGGACGAUUUGCCAAUGUCACUUUAGUCCGACUGUCAGAGUUCCUAAGCGCUGGAUACAAGAAAGGAGUUCGACCAGUGAAAGACUGGCGGGAUUCGACAAUGGUGGCCAUUGAUUUGAUGGUCUAUUCUAUUCUGAAUGUGGACGAGAAGAACCAAGUUUUGACAACAUACGUGUGGUACAGACAGCAAUGGACAGAUGAAUUCCUUGUGUGGAAUCCAGAAGAUUUUGAUGAUGUCAAAAAGAUCUCCAUGCCGACUGCAAAUGUCUGGGUACCUGAUAUUGUCAUCAACGAGUUUGUGGAUGUGGGAAAGUCUCCAGAUAUCCCAUAUGUGUAUGUGAGCAAUGAUGGGCUAGUGCAGAACUAUAAGCCCAUCCAAGUGGUGACCGCCUGCUCCCUCAACAUCUACAAUUUUCCCUUCGAUGUUCAGAAAUGCAGCCUUACUUUCCAGAGCUGGUUGCACACUAUUAAUGACAUCAACAUCACACUAAUGAGGAGCCCGGAGGAAGUGAUGGUGGAUAAGUCUGUGUUCAUGAACCAGGGCGAGUGGGAGCUGCUGCACGUCCUCUCCAAAUAUAAGUCCUUCAGCGUGGACAAUGACGACUACUACGCCGAGAUGAAAUUCCAUGUGGUGAUUCGCCGCAGACCUCUGUUCUACACCGUCAAUCUGCUCCUGCCCAGCAUCUUCCUGAUGGUGAUGGACAUAGUGGGUUUCUACCUGCCUCCAGACAGUGGAGAGAGAGUAUCCUUCAAGAUCACCCUGCUGCUGGGCUACUCCGUCUUCCUCAUCAUUGUCUCCGACACGCUACCCGCUACUGCCAUCGGCACUCCUCUCAUUGGUGUGUAUUUCGUUGUGUGCAUGGCCCUGCUGGUGAUCAGCCUGACUGAAACAGUGCUGAUUGUAAGGCUGGUGCAUAAACAGGAUCUGCAGCCUCAUGUGCCACAGUGGGUGAAGCACCUGGUGCUGGAGAAGGCCGCAGUGCUGCUCUGCAUCCCCAAUAAGAAGUUCUGCUCCCUACUGGCCCGCGACUCUGACCUGCCACGCUAUAAAGAGAACAACAUGAACACAGUGCGUUGCAACCACCACUGUGAGAGCUCCAGGGACAUGGAGAGGGGGCUGGGUAUUGGCCUGCCUGUGCGGGACAGCACGCCUCCAGUUAUGGACAACAUCCUGCAUGAAGUCUCCUCCAUUCGGCAGUUCCUGGAGAAGAGGGAGGCAAGCAGAGAGAUCGCUAAAGAGUGGCUUCAGGUGGGCUACGUGCUGGAUGUGCUGCUAUUCAGGGUCUACCUGCUGGCCAUGUUGGCCUACAGCAUCACCCUGGGCACACUGUGGUCCGUCUGGCAAUAUGCCUGA